UUGCCUCCAGCCAUGCAGUGCUACACCGAGAUUGCUCCGCCUACGGCUGUUAGCCAUGCCAUUCAUUUGCCUUUCCUCACCCCCAAAGCGACCAACCUUAUAAUCGCAAAGAACUCGCUACUCCAGAUCUUCGAGCUCAAGUCUAUCGUCACAGAGGCGGCUGCAAACGGCGAUACAGGCUUCGAAAAUGCUGGCCCGUUACUGGAUACCGAAGCCAUCGAUGUGCCUCUGCAGCGCAAUGAGUACACCAACAAGCUGGUGCUGGUGGGCGAGUUCCCCUUGGCGGGCACUGUGAUAUCACUGGCGCGCGUCAAGGCGCUCAAUACAAAAUCGAAGGGAGAGGCUUUGUUGGUGGCUUUUCGGGAUGCGAAGUUGAGCUUGGUGGAAUGGGAUCCCGAGUCGUACAACCUCCAUACAAUAUCAAUACACUACUAUGAGAAUCCAGACUUGCCCGGAAAUGCGCCUUGGUCCCCUGAACUCAAAGACACACAUAAUUUCCUAACGGCAGACCCUAGCAGUCGGUGCGCCGCCCUCAAGUUUGGUCACCACAACCUCGCCAUCUUGCCCUUCAGGCAGCGUGGCAUGGUGGAAGAUGAGUAUGACUCGGAUUUGGAGGAUCAGAAAGAUGCCAAAAUGGCCAACACUGAAGCUGAGAACUCAGAGAAUGCGCCCCAAACACCUUACUCUGCAUCCUUUGUGCUGCCCUUAACCCAUCUCGACCCUACCUUGACACAUCCCGUCCAUCUCGCCUUCCUUCACGAGUAUCGCGAACCCACCUUCGGUAUUGUCGCGUCUUCGAGGGCCGUGGCCCCGUCUAUGAUCGCCGAACGCAAAGAUAUCCUCACCUACACCGUUUUCACCCUUGACCUGGAACAGAAAGCCUCUACCACACUGAUAUCUGUUUCGGGUCUGCCUUACGAUAUCACUAGCGUCGUCCCGCUACCUUUGCCUAUUGGUGGAGCUCUUCUACUGGGUAGCAAUGAGAUUAUACAUGUUGAUCAGGCCGGAAAGACCAAUGGCAUAGCAGUCAAUGAGUUCGCAAAACUAUGCACCUCCUUUCCUUUGUCUGACCAGUCUGAGCUUGGACUUCACCUGGAAGGCUGUCAAGCUGAGCCACUGUCAUCGGAAAAUGGCGAUGUGUUAAUAUCGUUGAAUGAUGGGAAACUCUUGAUCUUGACUUUCACGCUGGACGGUAGGACCGUGUCCGGUGUAGCAUUACAGCCCGUCGAGGCAGCUAGCGGUGGUCGUCCACUCAACACAGCUGCCUCUUGUUUGACCAAUUUGGGUCGUGGGAGGCUCUUUCUGGGGAGUGAAGAUGGCGAGUCGGCGCUUUUGGGAUGGACCAACACAUCUGCUCCACCCCAGAAAAAGCAAUCGAGGGCCGACCAGGAUGACGAAGAUAUGUCGCUUGAUGAGGACGAGGAGGAAGUGGAUGAUCUGGACGACGAUUUAUACAACGAUACCACCCCGGCAGUGAAAAAGGUGACCGCUGCAGCGGCCAAACCCACUGCACCCGGUUCAUAUAUAUUCAGGAUUCACGAUAUACUACCCAGUAUUGCUCCGAUACGAGACGUUGUGCUACAUACAGAUGCCGCAGCACAAUACCCAACAACAGGCGAAAUCAUGGUAUCUUGCGGUCGAGGUGCCGCAGGAGCAAUCACAGCGCUCAAUCGCCAAGUGCAUCCCAUCAACCUGGCACAAACAGACUUCGCAUCUGCAAAAGGUCUUUGGGCAGUACACGCUAGGAAGCAAACACCGUCUGAGAUUACUGCGGAUUAUGGAAAGGAUGUCGAGGGAAACAUGUCUGUCGAUGCAGAAUAUGAUCAAUAUUUGGUCGUGUGUAGAGCCGGCAAAGGCGGUGAAGACAGUACGGUUGUUUACCAAGUCAGUGGAAACGAUCUCGAGGAAACAGAUAAAGGCGACUUCGAGCGAGAGGAAGUUGCCACAUUGAAUGUCGGGGUUCUCGCGCAAGGCACCAAAGUGGUGCAGAUCCUUACCACCGAGAUUAGGACUUAUGACCAAGACUUGAACAUGGAUCAAAUCAUAUCCAUGGACGAUGAAGAUGGCGAAGAAGUAAGAAUUAUCAGCGCCAGCUUCUCCGACCCAUACAUGAUGGUACUGCGAGAAGAUUCUGUCGUCAGACUGUUCAAGGCGAACGACAGCGGUGAGAUUGAAGAUCUUGAAGCGAGUGGAUUGACUUCGACGAAGUGGCUCUCCGCAUCCCUUUUUAAAUCAUCCAAUCUCAACGACGUCUUCGCUUUCCUCUUGACACCCGAGGGUGGCUUACACGUGUUCGCCAUGUCGGACCUGACAAGGCCAGGCUAUGUUGCUGAAGGGUUAAGCUUUCUCCCUCCUAUAUUAACGUCGGAUUACUAUGCUCGGCGAAGCACGGCAAAAGCAGCGAUAACAGAACUAGUCGCUGCGGAUAUCGGUGAUACCACAUCGAAAUCGCCUCAUUUAGUAAUACGUACUUCGACUGACGACCUCGUAAUCUACAAGGCCUGUCACUACCCGGGAAAGGCAUCUUCUGAAUCAUGGACAAAUAAUCUUAGAUGGGUCAAGGUUUCACAGCAACACCUGCCGCGAUACACUGACGAACUAGUCAACGAUUCGGGUGUCGAAAGCACCUUGGUAGUGCUGGACAACGUCUGCGGAUACAGCACUGUUUUCCAGCGGGGAACCUCUCCCGCGUUUAUACUGAAAGAGGCGUCUAGUGCAGCCCGAGUCAUUCCCCUCCAUGGGAAAGCAGUCAGAGGACUGACACGAUUCCAUACCUCCGCGUGUCAGAGAGGCUUCGCAUACAUUGAUGUCGAUAGUACAUUUCGGAUUUCACAAUUGCCUCCUCAAACACACUAUGGCCAUCUUGGUUGGGCAGCUCGUCGUAUGCCAAUGGACUCUGAAAUCUACGCCUUCUCCUAUCACCCUCGAGGAGUCUAUGUCAUAGGGACAGGCCAGCCAGAAGAGUUUCUUCUUCAAGACGACACGUAUCAUUACGAAUGGAAGCCUGAAGACAUUAGCUUUAAGCCUCAUGUUGAACAGGGUGUGCUCAAAGUAAUUGACGAGAAAACGUGGUCAGUCAUAGACACACAUGUACUGGAUCCCCAGGAAGUUGUUCUUUGCAUAAAGACAUUAUCCUUGGAAGUAUCGGAAACCACGCAUGAACGAAAACAGUUGAUCGCUGUGGGCACAUCCAUCUCCCGCGGAGAAGACCUUGCUACCAAGGGCUGCAUUCGCAUAUUCGAAGUUAUCACCGUCGUCCCCGAGCCUUCACAACCCGAAACAAAUCGAAAGCUACGUUUGAUUGUCAAGGAAGAGGUCAAGGGUGCUGUAUCAGCGGUCUCAGAGCUCGGUACUCAGGGGUUCAUAAUCAUGGCUCAAGGGCAAAAGUGUAUGGUGCGUGGUCUCAAGGAAGAUGGGACUUUAUUGCCAGUUGCUUUCAUGGACAUGCAAUGUUAUGUAACCUUUUUGAAGACACUACCACAGACUGGGAUGCUCUUAAUGGGCGAUGCAUUCAAGGGACUGUGGUUCACUGGAUACACGGAAGAACCAUACAAGAUGAUGCUUUUUGGCCGUAGCAAAAACAAUCUUGAAGUGCUUGCCGGCGAGUUCAUGCCUUUCGAGAAACAAUUGCACAUUGUAAUGGCCGACGCGGACAUGAACUUACAGGUUCUUCAAUACGACCCUGAUAACCCCAAAUCAAUGGCCGGUCUCCGCCUCCUGCACCGCUCGACCUUUCACACAGGUCACUUCCCAGUCACCAUGUCGCUCCUACAAUCUCGCCUCCAAAUGCCAUCCGCCACCGCCGAAUUCCCAGGCGACUCAUCCCUUCCUGACCCCGAAUCCGACCCUUCUUCCCUCCCCCAAGCACCCAAUCAACCCCUCCACCAAAUCUUACACACGUCUCAAUCAGGGACCCUCGCCCUCAUCACCCCGCUCUCCGAGUCUACAUACCGCCGCCUCUCAGGUCUCGCGACCUACCUUUCAAAUACGCUAGAAAGCGCAUGCGGACUGAAUCCGAAAGCAUGGCGCGCAGUUGAGAGCGAGGUUGGCAGUGGUGCAGGGACGAGAGGCGUGCUAGAUGGAGGGUUGUUGAUGCGGUGGGAAGAAUUAGGCGUGCAGAGGCAGAGAGAAGGCCUGGGCAAAGUCGGUGGUGAUGAGUGGGGGUUCUGGGGUGAAAGGGAGGUACUCGCUGGCUGGGGAAUUUUCGGGAAAAGAUAG